AUUUUUUUUUUCUCAACUGAAAGACGAAAAAUGAACGAAGUGAAAACUCGUGUUGUGGAUGGUACGAAUUGUUCGAAACAAUUGAAGUUUGGAGUGGAGCGGAUAUUGUCGGAUGAAAUUUCCACGAAGAAAACAGACAUACUCAGGCCACUUCCGAUACAAUUUUCGAUGGUGAGGUGCCCUUGUCCCGGAAGUUGCGUCAGAUGCGAAGCUCUUCGAAUUUGUCCCUCGUUUCCUUACGUUCAAACUUCCAUUUCCGGAAGUUACGGAAGCACCAACCACGGAAACAUCGAAAAUUAUACAAAUAUUUAUCGGCCGGCUCCGCUUCGACCUGUCCCCAGAGUUCCGAUAUCGUCCACCACCUCGACACCCACCAAUCAAUCAGAAUCCAAUACCAGAAGGAAGAGAUCGUGGUCGAGGGCUGUGUUCAGUUCCUUGCAACGAAAAGGAUUGGAGAGGAGAUUUUCCUUGCAAAAGUACAUCACGAAACCGGAUAGAAGGCAACUUGCCGCCACUCUUGGCCUUACGGAUGCACAAGUAAAAGUAUGGUUUCAAAACCGUCGAAUGAAAUGGCGACACACGAAAGAGAGCGAAAGCGCCGCUUUGUCGAAUCUUGAUUCUCAGAAGGAUUCGUCUAGAAAAUUAGGAAAGGAUAACGGGAAGAGUGAAAAGACUGCUUCGGAGGACGAGGAGGACAUCGAGAUCGAGGUUGAUGUGUGAACCUUGAAAAUGUACAUUUUGACCAUAUUUGACGCGGUCUAGUUUUCUAAUUUGUAACGAUAUAUUCGUACGUUAAAUAAAAUUUAUAUACGUGAA